AUGGGCCUUCCAGUCUACGAGAUCUCGCAAGUACGUAUCUAUCCUAUCAAAUCAUGCCGCGGCAUAUCAGUUGAUUCGGCGAAACUCACCGUUUCGGGCUUUCAAUAUGACCGAAAGUGGAUGUUUGUCAAUGCAGACCACAAGUUCCUCACAAUCCGCGAAAGACCGCAGUUGACAUUGGUCAAUACCGCCAUUGAUGAAGCUGCCGGACACCUCAACAUCACCAUUGGGACCGAUAAGGAUAAAUCACUAUCGUUGCCACUCGAUCCAACUGCCGAAUGGCUCAAGGCGAACACCAAGCCUGCUACAGUGAAUGUCUGGGACAUCGACGCAGAGGCACUCAUUUACACGGACUCGAAGAUCCAAACCCUCUUCCGAGAAUUCAUCGGUCAAGGUACUGAUGUCUUCCUCGCCGUGAUAGACCCCGACAAGCCUCGCGCGUGCCGCGGUAAUGCCGCACCAGAUGUCCUGGGUCGCAAAGCGACCAUCAACUUUCCAGACGAGAUGCCGGUUCAGAUUGCCUCUGAGGCUUCCAUUGCGGAUCUGAACACCCGAAUGAAGGACCGCGGACUCGAGGAGAUCACCAUCGAACGCUUCAGGCCGAAUAUUGUCAUCAAAGGUGCCGAAGCCUGGUCUGAAGAUAGCUGGAAGGCCGUGCGCAUCAAUGGCUCUACCGCUCCGUUGGCGUCGUAUUUACCUUCUGCCGUCUCGAGCUUGACUGGUUCGAUUGACAUUGAUGUUGCGGCUCGAUGUCCAAGGUGUACCAUCCCGAAUGUGAAUUCUGAGACGGGAGAGAAGAGCAUAAAAGAGCCCUUCGAUACGCUGAUGACGUUCCGAAGAGUCGAUGAGGGUGCCAAGUGGUUUCCUUGCUUUGGCAUGCUGUGUAUUCCGAGGACCGAGGGUCAGGUCGAGGUGGGUAUGAGGUUCGAAGUGUUGGCCACAACCCAGGAGCAUAAGUUCAUCAAGGGUUAUUCAUGA